AUGCGGCGGCGUUGGAAGGUGGUGGGCGGCAAAGGCUCUGGCGGCCUGCUGGUGCGCGAAGGCCCGGAGCUGAGCGCCAAGGCUCUGUUGCAGAGACUGGCCACUGGAGCAGUUGUGGAGGAGCGUGAGAUCCUUUCAGUCAGAGGUUGCGACCGGCUCCAAUUUCUAAAGCUGCUUGGGCCCGGUCCAAAGGCAGGAUGGGUCAGUGUCGUGGCGAAUGGAUCACAGCUGAUGGAGCCACUGCCGCCCCCUCGGCCCCAGGAGGAGGACAUGUCAAGAUGGCUGGAAGAGACGCGGUACCAGGAGGUUGCCAGCGUGCGUCUGAUUCUGGCGGCCGACUGCGCCACUGUCGGGGAGGCGGUCUCCGCUUCUCUGCAAGGAAGGCCAUGUCGAAUUGGUCCGGAUGCUUGUCCCGGCACAGGACAGCUGGCAUGGCGGGAUAAAGGCGAACAGACAGGACUACCACUUCCGCUGCCCAUGUCAGAGCAAUGGCGAGAGAAGGCAUUUGCAACGACAGAUUUUUCGGAAGCUACGGUAUGGGAUGGAAGUGUUGGAAAUUCUAGCAUGUCCUUUUCACUAGGCUUGCGGCCUCUCUUUGACAAAGAGCUUUGUGAAUGGGAUGCUGCCCACCAUCAGCUGAAUAUCACAGUAUUUGGGAAGGUGUCCACAAACGAUUGGUACAAGCGAAACCUAAAGCCUCGCAACUACAUGACGUCUCGGAUUGAGGUGUGGGAGCAAGCGUGUGCUCAUCCCGCAAAGGAUUUCUUCCUGGAAGUCAGCAGUGAUCUCAUCCGCGAGGUGGUCACCGCAGCCGUGGGCGUCCGAGGCUACCGGGACCUGGCGGAGCGUUUCCAGGCGCAGAGCGUGUACUGCACCUGCUGCCUGCGGCCGAGCGGUGAAGGCCGCACCGAGCUGCUGCGGCAGCUCUGGGGCGGCACGGCGGUCAUCGAAGCGUCUCCGGGCCCGAGGCCCGCGGGCAGACCCGACUUCGACAACGACCCCGUGGCGCUCAUGGCCAGCCAGAUCUUGUACAUGCUGGACAUUGAAACGCGGGUUUGGGCGUCCAUACAGGGCUUCCCCUUGGUGGACAUUUGGCGGGGAAUUCGAAGGCCCUUCCAGUGGGCAGUCUUUUCAGCCAUGAGUUCCGCAGCUUCGCACAUCUUCGCAUUGGGAAGCGCUGCAGACUCUACAGUGGAAGUGAGCGAGCUUGAGACGAGCCUUGUGGACGAAUUAGAGCACAUCUUGCCCGGGCACAGAAAUGCUACUGGGAAGAAGCAAGGUCAGUUUACUGAAGGAUCCGUGGAUGUCCUCAGCUUUGCACAGCUCUUAGAUCGGGUAUGCCGACGUGCUGACCGAACAGUGGACAUCUUCCGGGAGUUUGUAGAUCUAGGUUCCGGGCGCGGCCACGCGGUUCUCACGGCCCAUGCGCUGUUCCCGUUUCGAAAAUGCACGGGCUAUGAGAUCGAUCUGGAAGCCAGGGAAGCCGGCAACAUUGCAGCCCGCGCGUACACGCAAAGGGGGAUUGUUCUGCGCGCCAGGUCAAGCAGCCACCCUUUGAAGAUGUUUGAGGCUUCGGAUUUCUUAAGGGACCUCCGCUGGCUUAGCGCCUCUCUGGUGUUUGUGAAUGGAGUGACAUGGCCAAAUGAGAUGAUUGUCAAAGUCUCCAAGCUGGCGUUGGAUCUGAAACCUGGGGCCAUCAUAAUGUUGGUUGCGCGACGAUUCCCCGCAGAUGAUCUGAAUGUACUGGAGCACUUCGACGUGCGGGGGGAUGCAUGCUUUCUGAGUUUCACUGACAAGAAAGCGGUGCAAGUCUGGGUCUAUCAGCGAAGGCACACGAGGUCCUCGUCAAAUCCGGCGGACUGA